GCAACCACUUGCACUUCAAAACUCGUCACUUUUGCACGAAAACCAACCAACGAUGGACAAGCCGAAGAAGAUUAACCGAUCAAACAGCGACCAUGCAGCACUGGUGAACCGCGGUUCCAAGGGUUCCGCCGCUCGCAAUCCUGCCGAGAAGCCACCAGGUGCCCUGGCCUCCACCAAGUCGGCCAUCAAUCUCUCGAAACCGGUGACCGUCGUCAAGUCGUCGUCACGCAGCAAAUUCCCGGUGAAAAAGUUGUUUGCGGAAGUUCCGCCAAAGACGACCGCGGCCGCAGCCGAAUCGGCACUUCCGUCGGAGGUCACUCCGAGGAAGCAGUUCUUCCCCGCGAUGGAAAAGUCCCGCACGAUGAUCGAGAUGGGCUCGCCGGCGAAGGUCAAGCCGGAACAGGGGGAGUGGGCGUCGACUACGGCCCUGGCCGGUUCCGGAAGUGGGUGCGAGGGUGGGAUGAGGAGUUCCAACACGAGCAAGUUGGUUUACGAGACGGCAUUCCGGAUGUUGCUCAAGUGUUGGCGCGACAAGAAGAAGCAGAUAAGCCGACUUAAUGCGCAGCUCAGUCACAAGGACAAUACUUCCAUCAAAUACCGGAACCAACUGCACACGAUUCAAUCUCUGUACCAAAACGAGUGCAAGAACCAUGAAGCCGCUAGAAACGAUCUGCGAUCGACGAAAAAGAAGCUGGAAACGCUCAAAACCAAUCUCCUAGAGGAGAAAACGUCCCACCUGUCGAAAGUCUCCGAGCUGGAAGCGUCCGUAAUCCAGCGGGACAAGCUGCAGGAGCAGUUGUCCAAGAUCGAAGGGGACCUGGCCAAGGCCAUCAUCAACUGGCACAGCUUCGAGUACCGGUCCAAGGAGUACGAGGAACGGUGUGACCAGUUGGAGAGUGAGAAGAAGGAGCUGUUGAAACAGAUUGAUCAACUUGAGGAAAACUUCAAAAAUUUCGAGCGAGACUAUGAAAACUCGUUGCAGGUGCAAACCAACAGUAACAAGGUGUACGAGGUUCGAUUGGAACACCACCAAAAGUUGCUAGAGGAUGCUAAAAAUCAACUGGAGCUGCGUGAAUCAGACUGCGAGCUGCUGAAGGAGUGGAACGUCCGGCUAGCGGAGGAACUGGCCGCGGUCAAGGGCAGCUAUCACGCGACCUACGGCUAUCGAGUGCGGCAGUUUUUCACCAAUUUGCCCCGCAAGCCCGGGUUUUACGUUCAAUACGCGCUGUAUUUGUUUGUCCAGGGCGUUCCGGUGCCUCGGAGUCGCGGAAAGCGGGUUCUUCGGCAUGGGCAGGCCGUGCGACGGAUGAUUGCUUGAUUUGAGAGUGGUUUGAAAUUUGGUUUAUUUGAUAUUUUUAGUUUUUAUCGAUUUUUUGAUGAUGAUGCUCGGCAUUGAGGUAUGUGAUAUUUUUUAGUGAUCUAGAUGAUAUGAAAUAAAUAUUAUAACAAAACAAAAUAACUUUUUUUUUUGUUUAAAUUGUAAUGGAUUUGUGAUAUUCCAGGAAUUGCUUCAAAUUUGUUACUGAGGAAUAAUAAAUGGGUUUUGUUUAUUUGGUUGUAUUUUCAUCUUUAGUAUUUCAAAUAGCUGUACGUUUGAAUCGCUCAUGGAAUAAUACUCAUUGGUUUCAGCAGACUAAAAUGGGUUCAGGAAACUGUUUCUAAACAAGGAAAUCGAACGCUUUGGUUAAUGUUUCGUUUCUAACUUAGUAGGCGGCUUGCCUGCAAAACUGAAACACUGGAAGCUUUUUUCUCCUCUCUUUUUCGCAAUGUCUGAAAGCUUUCGACCAUCCGAACGAACGCUACAAUUUUAUCGCGCAUGCAUAGUAGGCGAGGGGGAGCUUUUCCCUAUCCCAACUCAACUAGCGACACCUUUGUUCUCAACGCUUGCUGCGAUCGAGGUUAAACUCUUGGAACAUAAACUUUUGAUGGCUUUUUUGUGUAGCUUGCUUGAAUUAUCACAGAAUCAGAGUUUUAUUUUUGUGUGUUUGUUUUCGGAUUCUAUUUGUUAGUAAUUAUUACAAGUUUGUUAUUAUUCUUUUUGGAAUGAAUUGUUAGGGUUCUUUGCUCAACCGUUUCCUCUCGUUUUGUAGAUUGAAAUUCAAAGAAAAAAUAAAAUGGACAGUAUAUAUUCCGUAUAUGUAGAAUACUAAGCUUUCUAACGCUUUGUAACAUUCGGUUCAUUUAUGGCUUCCCGCGAUGGCUGAUACGUUUCGAGUGAUUUUUUUUUCUUCGAUGAGUCAAUAACGGUUGAUUCUACUAAACGCGCUGCACUGCUCCUAAUCGGCUACGAAUCACAUGUUUGUAUUAUUUUUCAUUGCUACUAGUAUAACUUACAUGCUGCUGUUUUUUUUAAUUUACUUCUACACAAUUCAACACACAUUGCUGUGCCUGUUUUUAUCAAAGUUGUUACUUUUUAUUAAAUUGGUAAUUUCUAAACAUCCCUACAAUUUCAUUUUGUUAAGGCGCAUUUUUCAAAUUUGAAUGAGAUCUCGCUUUCUUUUUUUCAUUUUGGCACUAUUUUAAACAAUUACGCGCGCGCAGGGAGGGAUUUGGGGGGAAAAACUGCUGGCAUCACAACUUUACUACGAGAUACUUCACUACACGAUUUAUGUCAUUUUUGGCACAACAUGUUUAAAAACCAACCUCGGUUUUGUGCCUCCUCGUCAAAAACUAAUGAGGGUUGUGUGUGUGUGUGAAACUGCAGCUAGGCAAAUCUAUUUUUUUGUUCUUUUUUUCGAAGAAGGCUCUUAUUAGGGUAUGAUGGAUAAAACUUGGAAAAUGUUGUCUAGUUACCUACUCUGGAGAGGGGGCAAAUGCUACGGAUUACAAAUUAGUUUUCGGUUAGUAGUUUUCUGUUCUUCCCUUUCAACUGGGACAAUUGUUGGACAAAUGUUACGGAAUUGACAAAUAUGUUUUCUCUUGUCUGCGUAUGAAAUAGUUUUGGUCUUUUCAUGGUUUUUCAACAAAUUUGCUUCAAAAGUUUGUGCUUUCUUGUGACAAUUGGAACUCUUUCUU